AUGGCGUGUGGAGUUACUUUUUUAACUGGAAUUAUUCAAGUUAUUCUUGGUAUCGUAAAUGCUGGCUUAUUUGCAGUUUAUUUAUCAGAUCCUUUAAUCAAAGGUUUAACAUCUGGUGCAGCUAUUCAUGUUCUGAUAAGUCAAAUGAAAGGCAUAACUGGUGUUGAUGUUGCUGUUAAAUCUUCAGAAUCUUUUGGUUUUAUAACUUAUUUGAUAUAUUUUUUUUCAAAUAUCAAAACUAUAUGUUGGCAAGCUUGUUUAACAACAAUCUUAGGUGGUGGAUUGUUGAUUUUUUCAAAGGAAUAUAUUGAUAAAAAACUUUCGCAAUGUAAUAUAAAAUUUAAAUUCCCGAUGGAAAUGAUAGUUGUUACUUUUUCAACACUAACAAUAUAUUUAUUGUAUGAUGUUUUCAAAGUUAAUGUUAGAAUUCAAUAUGUUGGAAAAGUAGAUCAUGGAAUGCGUGCACCCCAGAUGUUAGAUUUUUCACAUUGGACUUCAAUGAUAAAAACAGCUUUUUUUAUUGCUAUUGUUUGUUUUGUUAUUCAUUUUGCCUUAGCAAAAACUAUAGCAAAAAUGGAUAAUGAACAAAUUAACGUUAAUCAAGAAUGGUUAGCUUUAGGAUUAAUGAAUGGAGUUUCGUCGUUUUUUGGUUGUUUUGCUAGUGGUGCUUCAAUGAGUAGAACGAUAACACAAUAUAAAUUAGGAGCUAAAUCACAACUUUCAACUGUAGUAACUGUUUUAAUUAAUCUUGGAGUUAUUUAUGGUGGUUCAAAGUAUCUUUUUUAUUUACCAAAGCCUAUAUUAUCAGUUAUUGUUAUGGUUGCAUUGAAGGAUCUUCUUUGUCAAUUAACUAUUGGACGAACUUAUUGGCAACAUUCGAUUAUAGAUUUUCUUAUUUGGUUGGUAACACUUUUAUGCGUUUUAUUUUUUGAUGUAGAAUCAGGAUUUUGUUCUGGUUUGAUUUUUUCACUUUUUACUGUAGUAUUUAGAACACAAUGGCCAGAAAGUUGUACGUUAGGAAGAAUUCCAGAAGAGGUACCUGGUAUAAAAAUUUUUAGAUAUGAUGCUCCAUUAUAUUAUGCCAAUACAGAAUGUUUUCUUCAAAGUCUUUAUGAAGCUGUUGGAAUUGAUCCUAUUGGAGCCUUUCAAAAAGUUAAAGAAAACGUGGAAAAAAAGACUAGUUCUAUUGUUGUUAAAGCAAAAGAGUCUGAAGAUCUUGAAGCUAAUACACCUUUAUACAAAGAGAAAAAUGAAGAAACAAGAAUUGUUUUGAGUAAAGAAGUUGAAAGAAUCAAUGGAUCAUCGUUUAGAAAAAUAAUAAAUGAAAAAAGUGUUCCUCUAUGCAAAGAUAAUGAAGAAGCUGAUGGUUCAAAAGAUGAUAUUAAUGCCUUUCCUUACGUUGACAUUAUGGGUAAGGAUAUUCUUAUUCAAGCAUACAAUGAGUUUAAAGUUGUUGGAAUUAAAGUUUUUUAUGCUGGGGCAAAAGUUUCUGUACGACAAUCUUUUGAAAAUACAAAUUUUUAUGAUUAUGUUCCUAAAUUUAAUUUAUAUGUAUCAAUAGCAGAUGCUGUAGCUCAGGCGCAAAAUGAAAGAAAUUUAUUAAUUCAUCCUAAUAAAUUAAGAAUUUAA